CCCAGAACUGGCUCAAAUCUCAGCUUCUCUGCCUCGCGGGCAGUCUCCAUCCUCGUGAUGUUCCGGCUGCGGUUCCCACGCCUGUCUGAGGAACUGAAAGUCGUCUAGGGGCCGGCCCGGCCCAGCUCGUGACCUGGCGUUCCGGGCCUUAACAGAGAUUCCUCUACCCAAGGGCAUGGCCAUGCUGAGCCCGCUGCUCCUGGCCGCGCUGCUAUGGGUCCCUGUAAGGACCCUGACCUGCUAUGGGGACUCGGGGCAGCCUGUGGACUGGUUCGUUGUCUACAAGCUGCCAGCCCAGAGCGGGCCCGGGGAUGUAGCGCAGAGCGGACUGCGAUACAAGUACAUGGAUAAGGACUCAGGGGGCUGGCGCGACGGCGCGGGGUCCAUCAACAGCUCGGCAGGGGCCGUGGGCCGCAGCUUGCUGCCGCUGUACCGGAACGCCAGCCAGCUCGCCUUCCUGCUAUACAAUGACCAGCCACCUAACUCCAACAGGGCUCAGAACUGGUCUAGCCGAGGGCACACAAAGGGUGUGCUGCUCCUGGACCAAGAAGGGGGCUUCUGGCUGGUCCACAGUGUUCCUCACUUCCCACCACCUGCCUGCUCUGCUGCAUACAGCUGGCCUUCUAGCGCCCGAACCUACGGGCAGACCCUGCUCUGUGUGUCUUUUCCCCUCACUCAGUUUGGGAAGAUUGGCAGACAGCUGACCUACACCUACCCCCUAGUGUAUGACCACAAGCUAGAUGCCACCUUCGCUCAGAAAGUCCCCUAUCUGGAAGAUGUGGUCAAGGGCCACCAUGUUCUCCACGGCCCCUGGAACAGCAGUGUAACACUCACAUCCAAGGCAGGGGACACAUUUCAGAGCUUUGCCAAAUUUGGAAAAUUUGGAGAUGACCUGUAUUCUGGCUGGUUGGCAGAAGCCCUUGGCAAUAACUUGCAGGUCCAAUUCUGGCAAAACUCUCAUGGCAUCCUACCCUCCAACUGCUCCAGGCUCCAGUAUGUGUUCGACGUGACCCAGAUAGCUUUCCCUGGGCCGGCUGGGCCGGCCUUCAAUGCCACAGAAGACCACUCCAAGUGGUGUGUAGCCCCAGCAGUGCCCUGGGCCUGUGUGGGUGACAUGAAUCGUAACCUCAGAGAGGAGAAGCGGGGUGGCGGCACAUUAUGUGCCCAGCUGCCAGCCCUGUGGAAGGCCUUCCAGCCUCUGGUGAAGGCCUGCAAGCCCUGUGGAGAAGAGAACCUUCUCUCCAGGAAUCUGAGCAGAGCACAUAAGAGCUAAGGCUCAGAAGCCUCUUGGGACUUCAGCUUGAUCCCCAGUUUAAUGCCUAACUGUGGGAGCUUAAUUAUGUGCCUUAACUUGUGACUCUAUUUACUCAUCUGCCAAAUGAGAAUCACAAUACGUGAUUCAGGACUGUUAGGACUGUUGAAAAAUAAAAGGAAAUUUGUGGACGGGG